CCUGCUGCUUCAUCAGUUUGCCUUUGUUGUCGAUGUUUAUCUGGGAGGCGAGUGCAGCAAGCUAACUAUCUACUUACUAUCGCUAAUUUUUCCACCCAGUGUAGGCAAAUGCUUAAAUAUAUCUAUAUAUAUCUGUUGCGCAUCUCACUUGAUUGGGUUAUAAAGGCUAGCAUCGAAGGCAAAGCUUGCUAAGCUUUACUAUCAUCGGCUCCUCCGACCAGGUGUUGCAGGGUCAACAGCACUGGAAGGUGUACCGCAAAGAAGGAAGAUUAACAUUUAAAAAGAGGAAGAGAUAGAAGAGUUGUCUUACGGAUGUAGUCACGUGAGAGCCAGCAGUCAUGUCCAUUGAGUACACUCUUGACAUCCAGCUGACAGAGUUGGGAUUUCCGGACGUCCUGCAGCCGGAGGAGGGGGCUUCAGGUAGACAAACACCGUCUGAUCGCUCCUUCUCCGCGUCUGAGGCUUCACUGUCAGCUGCACAGAAACAGAAGCGGUUGAUCCGAGAUGGACAAAAAGCAGGUGAAGCCAGAAAGUCCCCACACCUAACAGAGACAUUACAAUGUAAACAGCGGAAUCGUACACAAAGUCAACAGGACGAUCGGGUUAUCAGCGAGACAGGACCUGCUGAGUCGACAGUGGAAGACCUAACUACAGAGACCCCCCAGCUAGUUACUGAGGAGGAGGAAGAUGGACAAAAAGCUGACGAAGAGAAUGUACAGGAGGAUUCAACAGGGAGGGAGCUGGAUGUGGAUGAUGACUCGGAUGACAGUGAAGUUUCAGACGUGUAUGAGGAGGAAGAACUGGAUGAGGAAGAGGAUGAGGUGGAUGAGGAAGAGCUAAGCAAUGAACCGAAUAAUUCAGGGGACUACCGCUGCAGCGUCUGCGACCUCCAGCUGCCCUCCAAAUUCAAGCUCCAGGACCACAUGAACCUGCACAUGGGAGCGCGCCCAUACUGCUGUGCAGAAUGUGGGAAGCGCUUCUGUCAAAUCUAUAACUACCGCAUCCACCUGCGGACACACGCCAAGACCAAAGUGGAGCGCCACUGGUGUCGCAUCUGUCUGACUGGCUUUGAUUCACAGGAGCGUCUUUCCCACCACUUGUCACAAACUCACUUUGAGGACCUGUUUUACGAGUGUGACUUGUGCAAACGGGUGUUUACCUCCCUGAAGGACUGUGAAGCUCACGUGCAAUUACACAAAUGCAUGGUGAACAUUGUGUGUGAGGUGUGUGGCCACAAUUUCCCAUCUGAAAAAUCCCUCGCUCGCCACAGGAAGAAGAGGUGCCAGCGUAAUUUUAAAUGCACAGAUUGCACAAAAACUUUCACCAAGAAGAAUGCUCUCCUCAAACACAGCUUCUCCCAUCUUGGCUUGCUGCCUUACACCUGCAUACGCUGCCGCUGCCACUUCCGCUUGGCUAAGCUGUACCGUCAACACAAGUGUGAACCGCAGCGCAUUCACUGUGUGGCAUGUCUGCGGGAGUUUCUAAGUCAGGGGGACUUCCAGCAGCACAAAAAGGACACAGGCUGCUGGGGCAAUCAGGAGCCAAACCAGAAAACAGACGAGAUCAGAUGUUUAGAGUGCGGACAGAGAUUCGACACUUCAGAGGAGCUGAAGAAGCAUGCGGGCGCUCACCAGAGGGUGCUGAAAUGUGCUGAAUGUGGAAAGGGGUUCCGCUCAGCCUUGCUGUUAAUGUCUCACAUGGGCGGUCAUGCUGGCCAGUCGCCCUGCUUUUGUCAGACCUGCGGCCUGGGCUUCCCCCAUCAGCAGAACUACGACGGCCACCUCAAGACCUGUGGUCAAACACCUCCAUCUGUGAGUGUUCUCAAGAGGCGACAGAGCCUGACGAGCCCUCUGCCUGAGAAAAGUCGAAAAAAAUCUAAACUAGAUUCACCAAACACUGUUUCAGUGCCUGAUGUUGUUCCAAACAACCCAGCUGAACCAGUGACCGACUCCAGUGGUUCUGGACUUGCUGCAACUCCCGUUGCAGUGGGUGCACCUGCUGAAUCUGGACCAUCAAAUGGGUUAUGGAGUCUAACUCUGGACAAAAAGCCACCUCCAGGCAUGAACCUUGUUUUCUUUCUUCCUGUCUGUCAAACUGCUGGGCUUUCACUCCCAUCUGCAAGCUCUCAAACACUACCAGUGGCAGCCAUACAAGCUCUGCCUCAAGCAUCUUCCUUUUUGGGGACAAAAAGUGAACUGCUCGGAGUGAAUGCUCCCCUUGGAUCUCCACUUGACACCCCCAUGCAGUUGUUGACUGGGUUAAAGGGAGACACAGUGGCACCUUUAGAUUUGUCAAAGAAGUGUAAUUUGUCUAAGUCUGCCAUAUCCAAUGUUCCUCUUCUUCCAGUUAAAAGAGAGCUGGAAGAAUUUGAAGUCUCAAGGCAGGAUAAUGGUACUGAAAGACAAGAAGUUCAGAAGCAUGAUAGCAGGGAAGGGAAGGUUAAAACAAAUGUAAGAAAGAUGGACACCUGCAAUGAAGUAAAAAGGUUUGAAAUGGAUCCCACGGUUUCCUCCCCUCUCACUGCCAUCACACCAUCCCCUGGACUAAUGGUGGCUAUAAAGAAAGAACCUCAGUCUCCUGGUUUUCUUGGUUUUGACGCAGUGUUGUCCACAUCCAGCCAGCUGACUGACUGCAGGCCAGAAAAAGAAAUUAAAAAGGAGGUCGACAUUUCAAGCUCUGCUUGUGCUGACAGACAAAUGAAAUGCAUUUGAGAUUGGGGUGGGGGGGCAAAAAGGAAAAACAAAAUCUUGCACAUCUUUGUUUUGCAAUAACUGUAGCCACCUAAACCAAAAAUGGCACUGACGUUACACAGCCAGCACUGAUUUAUAUAAAUUGUAUAUUUAGGCAGGGUUUUGUUACUUCUACUUUUUUUUUCUCUUACAUAAUUAUGUUUGUGAUAGCAACUUUUUUAAAGUGUAAAAAAGACUUUUUGUUAGUCUGUAAUUCAGUGAAAACAUUCCACUCUUUUUAUUUAAUUAUGUGUAUUCUUGCUCGGGCCCUUGGGUUGGUGAAGCCUAUGCAAUGUGCAGGAUUUCUCUCAGCAUUAAUAAAUGUUCUUGAUGCCUGCCAUUAUUUUUUGUUAUUGUAUUGAGAAACUAGGUCCUGUGCUUUAUUAUUAUUAUUAUUAUUAUUAUUAUUAUUAUUAUUAUUAUGAUAAACUUGACUGCAAACACAUAAUUUCUUUUUUUACACUAUAUGAAUUAUUUUUAGUGCUAAGUUUAAUAUUUGAUGACUUUCAGAUGGUACUGACAUUGGAUUUCUGUGAUUUACUUCUAUGUAAUGUGUUCUGCAGAUAUAUUCUAAAGGCAAAUAAUAAAAUUGUCCCCUGCAAGAUU